GAGCUGGACAGACCCGGCGCUGCUGCAGCUAGUCUGGAGGGUGCCCCGCGAGUCUGCCCCAUGGAGCGCUCCCCUGAAGAAGAGGGCGCCAGCCCCGAACCCGCGGGGCAGCCCCCUGCCACCGACACCACGCGGGACCCGGGCUCGGGGAUCCCACCCGCUGGCCCAAGUGCUGCGAGCGAGGCCCUGGCGGUGCUGUCUUCCUUCGGACGGCGCUUGUUGGUACUGGUGCCCGUGUACCUGGCCGGAGCUGCGGGUCUUAGCGUGGGUUUCGUGCUUUUCGGCCUCGCCCUCUACCUGGGCUGGCGCCGGGUCCGCGACGGGAAAGCACGGAGCCUGCGGGCAGCGAGGCAGCUGCUGGAUGACGAGGAGCGAAUCACAGCAGAAACGCUUUAUAUGAGCAACCGGGAACUACCUGCUUGGGUCAGCUUUCCAGAUGUGGAAAAGGUUGAAUGGCUAAACAAGAUUGUGGCCCAGGUGUGGCCCUUCCUAGGCCAGUAUAUGGAGAAGCUCCUGGCUGAAACGGUGGCCCCAGCUGUGCGGGGCGCUAACCCCCAUCUGCAAACGUUCACGUUUACGCGAGUGGAGCUGGGUGAGAAGCCAGUACGCAUCAUUGGCGUCAAGGUUCACCCUAGUCAGAGAAAAGAUCAGAUUCUGUUGGACUUGAACGUCAGCUAUGUAGGAGAUGUCCAGAUUGAUGUGGAAGUCAAGAAGUAUUUCUGCAAAGCAGGAGUCAAGGGCAUGCAGCUACACGGUGUCUUGCGGGUGAUUCUUGAGCCACUCACAGGGGACCUUCCUAUCGUGGGGGCUGUGUCGAUGUUCUUUAUCAAACGCCCGACACUUGACAUCAACUGGACAGGGAUGACCAAUCUGCUGGACAUCCCAGGACUUAGCUCCCUCUCCGACACCAUGAUCAUGGAUUCUAUUGCUGCCUUCCUUGUGCUGCCCAACCGACUGCUGGUGCCCCUUGUGCCUGACCUUCAAGAUGUGGCCCAGUUACGCUCCCCACUACCCAGGGGCAUCAUUCGGAUCCACCUUCUGGCGGCCCGAGGGCUGAGUUCCAAGGACAAAUAUGUGAAAGGCCUGAUCGAGGGCAAGUCAGAUCCCUAUGCCCUGGUUCGUGUGGGCACCCAGACAUUCUGCAGUCGCGUCAUAGAUGAGGAACUCAACCCUCACUGGGGGGAGACUUACGAGGUGAUUGUCCACGAGGUCCCGGGGCAGGAGAUCGAGGUGGAGGUGUUUGAUAAAGAUCCAGAUAAAGACGAUUUUCUGGGAAGAAUGAAGUUGGAUGUAGGGAAGGUACUACGGGCUGGAGUCCUGGACGACUGGUACCCGCUACAAGGUGGGCAGGGCCAAGUUCAUCUGAGGCUAGAAUGGCUAUCACUUUUGUCAGACGCAGAGAAACUGGAUCAGGUCCUACAGUGGAAUCGGGGCAUCACUUCUCGACCAGAGCCCCCAUCAGCUGCCAUCCUUGUUGUCUACUUGGAUCGGGCCCAGGAUCUUCCUCUGAAGAAAGGAAACAAGGAACCCAACCCCAUGGUGCAACUGUCAGUUCAGGAUGUGACCCAGGAGAGCAAGGCUACCUACGGCACCAACUGCCCGGUAUGGGAAGAAGCGUUCCGAUUUUUCCUGCAAGACCCUCGGAGCCAGGAGCUUGAUGUUCAGGUGAAGGAUGACUCUAGGGCCCUGACAUUAGGGGCACUGACUCUCCCUCUGGCUCGCCUGUUGACGGCCUCGGAACUCACCCUGGACCAGUGGUUCCAGCUCGGCAGCUCAGGCCCAAACUCCAGGCUCUACAUGAAGCUGGUCAUGCGGAUCUUAUACUUGGAUUCAUCAGAAAUCUGCUUCCCCACUGUGCCCGGCGCCCAGGACCUGGACAGUGACAACCCCCAGAUGGGCAGCAGCGUAGAUGUCCCGCCUCGGCCCUGUCAGACAUCUCCUAACAGCCACUUUGGGACUGAGAAUGUUCUUCGGAUCCAUGUAUUAGAGGCUCAGGACCUAAUUGCCAAAGACCGUUUCCUGGGGGGAUUGGUGAAGGGCAAAUCAGACCCCUAUGUCAAACUGAGGGUGGCGGGACAAAGCUUCCGGAGCCAUGUUGUUCGGGAGGAUCUCAAUCCCCGCUGGAACGAGGUUUUCGAGGUGAUUGUCACCUCGAUUCCAGGCCAAGAGCUUGAGAUUGAGGUCUUUGAUAAGGACUUGGACAAGGAUGACUUUUUGGGCAGGUAUAAAAUGAGUCUCACCACAGUCCUCAACAGCGGCUUCCUUGAUGAGUGGCUGACCCUGGAGGAUGUCCCAUCUGGCCGGCUGCACUUGCGCCUGGAACGUCUGACCCCUAGGCCUACUGCUGCUGAGUUAGAAGAGGUGCUGCAGGUCAACAGUCUGAUCCAGACUCAGAAGAGCUCAGAGCUGGCAGCGGCCCUGCUCUCUGUCUACUUGGAACGGGCAGAUAAUCUGCCGCUCCGAAAAGGCACCAAGCCCCCCAACUCUUACGCUACUCUCACUGUGGGAGAGACUUCCCAUAAAACCAAGACUGUUUCCCAGACGGCAGCCCCCAUCUGGGAGGAGAACACCUCCUUUCUCAUCAGGAAGCCACAUGCGGAGAGCCUGGAGCUUCAGGUUCGGGGUGAAGGGACUGGCACCCUGGGCUCCCUAUCCCUGCCUCUCUCCGAGCUCCUCCAGGCAGACCGACUCUGCUUGGACAAAUGGUUCGCACUCAGUAACGGUCAGGGCCAAGUGCUAAUGCGAGCACAGCUAGGGAUCCUAGUGUCCCAACACUCAGGAGUGGAAGCCCACAGCCACAGCUCCUCCUCUCUCAAUGAGGAACCCAAGGCCUCAGGGGCAGCCGCUCACAUCUCCACCCCAGUGCUGGAGGUCCGGCAUCGCCUGCCACACGGUGACAGCCCCUCUGAGGCUCCUAUUGGGCCUCUGGGCCAGGUGAAGCUGACGGUGUGGUACCACAGUGAUGAACAGAAGCUGGUCAGCAUCAUCCACAGCUGCCGGUCCCUUCGACAAAAUGGCCGUGAUCUCCCAGAUCCUUAUGUGUCGCUGUUGCUACUCCCAGACAAGAACCGAGGCACCAAGAGGAAGACCUCACAGAAGAAAAAGACCCUGGACCCGGAGUUCAACGAGCGGUUUGAGUGGGAGCUGCCCCUGGAUGGGUCUCUCAGGCGAAAACUAGAUGUGUCUGUGAAGUCAAACUCCUCCUUCAUGUCAAGAGAGCGUGAGCUUCUGGGAAAGGUGCAGCUGGAUCUAGCUGAGAUAGACCUCUCCCAGGGUGCAGCCCAAUGGUAUGACCUGAUGGACGAGAAAGACAAGGGUGGUUCCUAGGCGCUGGUGACGCCCGACAUUGCUCUGUCUUCUUGCCUUGCCUCUUGCCUCAGUGUGGUGAGCCUACAGCUCGGGCUCCAGGGCUGAACCUGAGCCCCUUUGCCUUCUGGGCCCGUAUCAGGGUCUUUGCCUGACCAAAGACGAUCAUAUAUAAGCCUCCGCUGCACGGCCUUUAUCCUUCGGGCUCCUGGGGCAGGGACCCAAGCUGGCUAUUUCCUGCUCUGCCUGCACCCUGUUCUGCCUCCCACCUCCUCAGGGCCUCACGACCUGUGCCUGGCCACUGGCAGCACCAGCAGUGGCACAAGAUCAUGCCAGAUACAGCUUUUGGGAAGCUCUCUUUUUUUUUUUUUUUUUUACGUAAUAAAAACUAUACAGAAAAACAGCUUCA